GUAGAGAGAAAUAGUUUGAAAUUUAUGCAAAGCAAAACUGAAAGGCCUGUAGAACCUAAGGGGACAAAGUUGGAACAUAUCCUUGUUCAAGUUAUUCAAGAUCUGCUGAUAGAAAGGCUAGGAGAAGCAUCUGACUGUGAUAUAUGUAAAGUGUUUAAUAACGUUGUUUCUAUUGCUGAUUCUGUUAAAGAAGUAAACAUUCCUAUCUCCUCUAAGACAGAAAAGUCAAUAAAUUAUCAGAAAAGUUUAAUCCAUCAAAGAGCAAGCUGUACUUUUCAGACAGUUUUAUCUUAGUCAGUUCACAAAGAAUGUGACUCAAAAUUGCUGAAAAAAUGACCUGUAAAAGGAGACUUUGAAGGGCUUGGACCAUCAUCAAUUUAGCUCAAAAGUGUGACCAUUAAUGUAAUUAAGGGUUUCUGUUUUCUCAGAAAAUUUGGCAAAAGGAUAGGGUUUUCUGGAGAUCUAAUUCAAACUCCAGGAAAUAUAACAAUUCCAGAAUGUUUUUUACAGAUAAAUUAUAGUCAUUACAGUUACAUUCAGUGCUGUAUGAAAUGUUUUUCUUUGCAGCCCGUUCUUUGUAGAAAUAAAUAAAGAAAUUGUUGUCGUCGUUUCGCUGCUCUUGAAGAUUCAUUUGAUACUCAGUUUCUCAGUAUUUUCUAACAUUUCAAGUUUAUUCACCAUUCACGCCUCGAAAUCGGGCUCGCCUCUUUUCACUUCUACAUUACAAGCUUUAACAGAAUGAUUAACAGAAUGAUUCGCUGAAAAAGGAAAAAAGGCCAAAUAUCCUGAUGAGAAAUUCGCUAAAGGAUGAAAAACUCUUGGAAAAAACUACUUACACUAGCGUGAAUUGUCUCCGGGUCUUCGGUUUCUAUAUCUCAAUUCUUCUCUUCGAGUCAACUGCUAGCACAAAACUGAAUUUUAAACAUCGCGCUCGAAUCCAAAAGUACCCUUCAGGGAAUUUAGAGGACGCGCGUUGCUAUCGGCAAUGGAUUUAAUUUAUAACAGAAAUAUUCCAAAAAAAGUGGACAGUGUUAGUUUUACUAUGUAGGUUUAAAAGGAAAUUAACAAUGAUAUGAAAGUUGAAACAAGCAUCUAGUUCAUCUUGUUAAUGAUUUCACUUUGUAAAUAAUGUUGACUUAAUUUGAAAAUACUGAGAAACAGUGUAUAAGUAAUAAAACAAAUGACUUAUAUUUGAUUUAAUUACUGUUUAGCAGACACUGUUGUUGUACAUUUUGAGAGUCAAGUUUGAGUUUUGUUAGAAAAAAUAUUAUUUUUGCAAAUUGAGACCAGUUCCUUAGCUCUGUGAUGCAUAUAUUUUAUUUCUUUAACUAAAUUAACAGUUUUGUCAUCUACUUAUAUCUUCUGUUUUGUCAUAUGAACUUAAAAAAAUGUAGCUACACUGUGUAAGGUAGAUACCAUUAAUAAACUAUGGACUCAAGAGGAUUCCUUUGCUUAAUUUAAUUUGUGGUAGUUUCCAUUAUUUUGUCAACAAAACAAAGCAAUUUAUAUUAGUUGAUCAAAUGAAGAACAUGCUUUCGAACAUAGACUUGGCUUACUCAACAAACUGGGUGCCGAUGGCAUAGAAGUUCUCUUAUGGGGGUGAGGCGUGAAGGAUAGGGAGUUAAUUGAGGUUAGGUUAACAUACAGAGAGGAUUAUCUCAUCAAAACAUAAGACUGCACUGAUUAUUUAUGUUUUAUAUUGUUUAAAAAUAACUUUCUAACAGUGUUAGGAAACUGGAUUACUAACUUGGAGCAAACGCUGCUGGAGCGUAGUCGGCAGUAACCGGCACCUUACAAAUGACUUCCUGACGAACUCAAGCAGGACUGACCAAAACAGAAAACCGACAAUUUGAGUUAAGAAUGAAACUGCCGUUAUUUAAAGAUGGAUCAAAAUGCACCACUCGCAUUUCGAGUCUUCAUAGCCAAUAACAGCACGGCUUAACUAACAGACAACAAACGACAUUGCCACUUUAUUGAAACAAUCAGGUAAAUAACGAGAGUUUAAUACCAUCAAUUGACGAGAUAGAUGAAGAUGAUUCUAAUCCUAAUCCUAAUCCUAAUCCUAACCCUAAAACAAGCCUGUAAUUUAGUAGUAUUUGACAUUGAAAAUUGCUCCAUAAGUUUAGUUUUUACCCUAGAAAUCUUCAUCGGACCAUUUUUGUAAGUGGUCGCCGAGGCCUGUUUCGAUUUUUAAUGAAACGGACUGGUGAGGCUGUCGACCUGUGGAAUUUGUCGACUAAGAAGUGUAAACUGGUGAGACUGUGGACUCUAUGGACUCCGUGAACCUGUGGACUUGUGGACCGAAGAAGUGUAAACUGGUGAGGCUGUGGACCUGUGGACUCUGUACAUGUGGACCUGUGAACUUGUGGAUUAAGAAGUGUAAACUGAUGAGGCUGUAAACGCUGUGGACUCUGUGGUCUUAUGGACUAAGAAGUGUAAACUGAUGAGGCUGGGGACCUGUGGACUCUGUGGUCUUAUGGACUAAGAAGUGUAAACUGAUGAGGCUGUGGACCCUGUGGACCUUUGCACUCUGUGGACUGUGGACCUGUGGACUUGUGGACUAAGAAGUGUAAACUGGUGAGGCUGUGGACUCUGUCUGAGGCGACAGACUGACCUACAGACUCAAUUAUUGCUUAGUUUCUUAUUUUUUUGGUUUAUAAUUGCCUUUUUAAACGAUUUCUUUAAUUUCUCCAUUUGAAAAUAAUUUGGGAAAAUUAUGCACUCGAGACAGAAUUAAUUUAUUCGAGUGUGAUUAUACUGUGCUCCGGUACCUACAGAAACAGCCAAGACAUUCUUCAACAUUAUUGCAAUAACAGCGCCCUUAAAGAGAAUAUUAAAUUUGCAUAAUUUGUUCUCACCAAAGGAAUGCAAAAUGAAGAUCUGGAGGCCAGCCUGGUUUUAUACUUGUGCCUUGAUGAUAUAGGGAUAAAAAGAUUACUCAAGGCAGAAGGCAGUAGAUAUGAAUGAAAUUUAAACAUGAAGAUACAGUUUAAAUAAUAAAUAACAUCAAAGAGCUUGAUAACAUUUAGAUCUUUAAAUAAUUGAGAGGUAUGAUCAGUAUAUUGAGAAAAAUUGAUGAUUCUGACUACCUUCUUUUGCAACGCAAUUAAUGGGUGCAAAGUAGUUACAUAAGUGUUACCGCAAUUAAUAGCACCAUAUAUUAAGAAAGAAUAGAUAAGAGAGAAGUAAAGUAGUUUUAAAAUAGUGACAGUAACAUGAUGGUGCAGUUUGGCUAAGAUCCCAAUGCCCCUGGAAAUUUUCGUGCUUGGCUGGUGAAUGUGUUCCUUGAAAUUAAGAUGAGAGUCUACGACUACUCUUAGGUAUUUCAUAUGAUCUUUUGGUUUAAUAAACUUGUGGUUUAUUUCUUAAAGGAAUGGUUGUAGUCAAUUUUUUUCUUAAGUGGAUGGAAGCUAGACCACAAAAUUUGUUUUGUCAAUAUUUAAAGACAUUAUGUUAGCACAAAGCCAGUCAUGGACAUGUUUUAAUUCCUGAUUCGCCCUUGUUUCUAAGCAUUCUAAGGAUGAAUCUGCCAAAAAUAAAUUUGAAUAAUCAGCAAAAAGGUCAAAAUCAAAUACAGUAGAACAGUUGCUAAAAUCAUUAAUGUAUAAAAGGAAAAGGACUUUCCAAUGCUUCUCCCAAAGAAGAAAUGAAUUGAAAAUAAACUUUCCUUAUAAUUCUGGCUUCUUAGUGAAUUAUGUUCCAGAGGCCUGACAGUAGCUCACCUCCCACAGUGGUAGUCAAAAAAACCCAAUGUUUUAUAUACUUUGUAAAGUAGUCAUAAUUAAUGGUCAACUGUGCUUGGGAUGUUGAAAUUUGGAAUUGAUCAGUGCCCUAAUGCUUGAAAUUUGUACAGACCACUCUUUGGGCUUUUAUUAAUUUAUUUAAGGAUUUCAUUUUCUUUUGUAGUGUCGUAAUAUUCAUAGCUUAAUCAGGUUCAUGCCCAGACUAAUAAAUUAGGUUAAAGUAAAAACAGAACACAGAUAACUUUUCUACUUACAGUAAUUUAACCUCCUCUUGUGAAUUUCUGUUCAUGAAAUUGCAAGUCAUAUCAAGAAUGCUUGUUUUACAAAAUGUAUAUUUACUAAGUGUUUGAUCUCUACCUAUGUGUUUACAUCAAUGCACAAUUUGUUUGUAGUUUUUCUCUUUUUCAAGGUGAUUGAGCCUUAUUAAAUUGUAAACUGCAAAAACAAUGCUAUGCCAGUUAAGGAACAAGUCGAGAACCGAGGCACGACCAAUUCCUGUAUUAAACUUUUAAUUGCACUGGAGCAAAUAACGCGAGUAACAAAAAAGAAUAUGGCGGAUGCCAAGUUCAAUGUACAUCGAUACAACGCAUGCUAAGUCCUAGUACCGCUGACCGGUACUGGCGUGACUUUUUUCUUAUGUCUUAUGGGCUGUGUAUACAUAGAGCGCCAUAAGGGGCAUAGUAAGCAAGAAAACUGGAACCAACAACGUAAUGGAAAGCAUGAAAAAAGAAACCUAACUUAACACGAAAAAGUUACAGAUCAGCGUCAAAAUCUACAAAACGCGUAGUAGGACGUCUGAUGCGAGAGGAUCUCUGUAGGCCUGAAGGAGGUGGGUCUGCUGAAGUGACCGCUGUCUCCAAAGAGGUGUCCUCUUGGCAUGUUGGGUGGGAAGCUGUGUCCUCGAUAAUAUGGUCAGCGGGAAAGGCAGCUGCUGGUGGUAUAGUACAUGGAGAAAUGCUAGCUAGCUGACUGGGUGAAGCAGAAAUGGCAUCGGGGAUCUCAGGCAGAGGGGUGGAGGGUGAGAUGUCUCAGGAUCGUCUUCAUCAUCAGAGUCGUGUCCACGACAAGGGCGAGGGACAUGUAAGGGGUCAGCCAAGUCUGACGGGACCUUGAAACACUCAGAGAGCUUGACAUGGUAUGAUGAGCUGUGUAACUGAGAACCGAUGACCUUUUUCAUGUCGCAGAAUGGAGGUUCUAUGGCUACAACAAGGUAGCGGUCCCAGGCUCGAGACUUGUUUUGAUCGGAACAACACGCUACGGAGCGUACACUUCGGCGUCGUGGUUGUGGAACUAAUUAAUUGUAAAUGCGGAGGAAUAGUAAGAAAUCAAAUAUGGUAAGAGUAAGGUGUUUAUUGUGAAAUUAUGGGAUUUGUCAGGAUAUUCUGAAAAGAGCAACAUCCAAGAGGCCUACUUGCCAAAAACUAACAUUUCGGGACAAAUUGUCCCCCAGAUAUUAGCCCAGUUAUGCUCUGAUGACUCCAUACAAAUCCUUCUAAAAAAACAAUUCUCUAUUUUUGUUAGUCACAUCAGGCUUCAAAAACAGCAUAGCAGUCUCAUGUACUGAUUAAAGAUAUGUAAGGCAUGGGUAAGGAAUCAAUUACGUUGAGCAUAGAAUUAGCUAAAACUCAAAGUCACGACUUCGAAUGUUUUGAGGAUAAUUAUUCACUGACUAUCAGCACGCAGGGAUGUUGGAUUAACACAAGGAAGUUUAACACCAAAGGAACAUAGCCUUUACAGAGCUUUAAAACACAGCAUCCGCCAACACAAACUUGACUUGAAUUUUGAGUAAAACUAAACAGCCUCUACCAAUAAUAACAAACUCUCACUUGAACUUCAGAUAUCUUGCGGCUUCCGCGAACUUGUAAACACAGAACCUAAAAAUCGACCUUCGUCACACUUGACUAAACACAGCAGUCCAGCUCGUGGGAAAAAACUUAGUUCGUCAAAAGAACUCGCUUGGAACUUGUAUACCGUUUGACAUAAGGUUCUAGAAAAUACCAAACAGGCGAAUAGUAGUAGCUUUUCGACAUAUUUUAUGAUUUCAGUAACUGACGCAAAUCUGCUGAGUCAUGCUGAAAUAUAAACAUGCCCUAAUUAAUUAUUCAUGAAUAAUCCAAAAACGUAGAGAACGUUCGAGAAAGUCACGCAACGCAUGAAAGCAAUUUUACCACGUAACACUCAACAAAGACAAAAUGUCUUUGGGCAGCAUUUUGCAACUUUAAAUUCAUCAUAAAACAGUUCGAAAGGAGGGCUCACUCGUGAAAUGUUUUUCAACACUCGAAGAGAAAUUUCGUGUCUCUGCGCGGCCACGAAAUAUCCUCUAUUUAUUCCUCGAGUAAUUAAAGACUAAACUCGAAGUGAUCUCGAGAUAACACGAGGUAGUCCGGUCUCAUUUCGGGAAAUAGCUGAAACAAGCCGAAAAGUCACGAACUUGCACGCCCAAUCUUGGCCCGAAACUAGUGCAUCAUUUCAUAACUAUUUUUCAUAUCCCAAACAACCUUGGGUCGCAGUAGCGCAAUCGGCUAAUCCCUCAACUUAGAGUCUCCUCGAAUCUGACAGGUCACACAGGUGAGUCGGUUCAAACCACGGGAGAGCCAAAAUAAUAAUUCUUUCUUCCUCGAAAAAGUUAAAGAAUAAAUCAAAGAAAUCGAAGUGAUCUCGAGAUAUCUCGAACUAAUUCGGCUCGCAUUUCUUCAAAUAGCCGAAUAGAACCGAAAACCUACAGACUUUGCUUGCCCAAUCUUGCCAAAAAAUUGUAACUUUGAUACAUUCCUGAGCGUCGCGAAUCCUUUACUUCGCGCUCCGCCGAAGUAAUGAAGGUAUACUAGGUCACUGACAUCAAGUAGAGGAGUAGGGCUAGGAUACCUUUGCCGCAGGGGUGCUUUGGACUGCUCACUGUGGGGAUGGUUGGAUAGGUGCUGCUUGUGCUGGAGGGCAAUUAACUGAUCGUCCAUGAGAGGUAACUACUUGUUUGAAAACUGGUCACGCUGUGUCCACAUUUCUCGCAAGGAUAGGCGGCAUGAACGGAUAAGGGAGUUCAAGGCAGAAGUGAUUACAGUGAGAGUGAGGGGAGAGACAGCCCCACCUAGAGGCUCCUGACGAAGUAGCUCUCUUUCCAACUCUUGAACUGCUCUCUCAGCAACGGGGUUCUUGUUGGGACGUUUGGCUUGGCCAAGCGCACUGGUAAUUCUAUGCUUCUUUAAGAGUGGGUCGUUGAUGAGAGCUUUAAAUCCAGGGGCAGGGUCAGUACGGAUCACGGGAGGCGGACUAUCCAUGAGGCGCAUUUUCAAGCAGAGCUUUACAAUAGCAUCGAGUAACGUUUGGUGACCCUCAUCUUCGAGAGGUAAACUGGAAGUGUAAGAAGUCUCAGACUCACGGAGGACAAAGAUUAGCUGGCGAGAGCUUUUCAUGACAUCUGUGGCAAAGGACCGACCAAUAACGUCAGGUGGUGGGGAGGUGGACUGGUCAACUCGUGCAGUUAGAGAGUUCCGGAUUUCUGCACAGGGGUGGCAUCCAUCAGAGACAUGACAGACGGCCUUGUCCAGAUUGAGGGUGUAUAUACUGGCGCUUGUAGACCAUCAUCAACUAAUGACAGGACGGGUGGCUGGGCUUUAUGUGGAGAGCAGUCAAAAAGUCAUCCAAAGCUUGGCGUGGGACAAUAAUGCACUCUCUUGGUGGGGAUAAGGGUUUGUGACACUGUACAACAAGGAGGCCAUCAUCGGCAACUGACGCAACUUGUAAAUAGCGUUUGAUGUCCUUGAUGCUGGUUCGUCUUUUGGAAGGUCUUGUACCCUGGAUGAGGUGAGCAUGUGUGCGGCGUAGAUCUGGGCACUCAGACUGGACACCCAACCAAGCGGGUCGGCAGGUAAAGGGGAGGCAGACGUUAACCUCGAGGAUAUCUUGAAUGGAAAUGGCACGAACAUCAGAGUCCCUGCUUCAAGAGUGAAGGAGCACACCUGGCAGGUCUGGAUUUCACAGGCGGUGGCGUUACGGCUUGCAAAGUUUGACAGGAGGAUAGCAGCGCCAGAGGUGUGCCUGAAUGAAGCUUCAUAGCGGCUCAAAACAGACAAGAAAGUGGAUACACUAGGGCUGGCAGAGAACUCCCCUCGGCAGAGCUUCUCAUGAGCCUGGAUGCAAGGCUUGCUGUCAGUAAGAAUGCAGACCUUCUUAGUUGACUGAAUAAGAUAUGGGCUGUCGUGCUUCGUAGCAGCAGCAAUGGAGUGGGCUUCAAUCUUGCAUGAAAGCCACAUUGUUUGGGAGUCCCGUAACUUAACGCUGAAGAAACUGGAGACAUGUGACUUAUCUCCGCGUGUCACAUAAGGGUGGCACCUAUUUCUGGGUCCCUGAUUGCUCCGUCAUUUACAAUCCAUAGCUGGUCCCGGGUAACGUGAUUGUGAGCGCAGAUAAAAGAGCGUUCUGAGCACUAUGGAAUGUGGCCCUUUGGUCAUCGGUCCAGCUAAUGGAUUCCUAAGAAGAACGACAAGCUGUUACAGCAUCCAGGGGGGCAAGGUAAUUUGAGCACCUUGGAAUGACACGGGAAAGGACUUUGUAAGCGCCAACGAAAGAUCUCAAUCAGCCAACAGUGCUUGGCUCAGGGUACGUGGCAAGGGUGUUUAGAUGGUGGGGACUGGCGGAAAGGGAGCCAGCAGUGUAGAUCCAGCCAAGAAUAGUGGUAGUUUUGGGGCUGAUGAUAGUCUUGAGCGCAGACAAACGAAGGUUGCACUUGUGUAGGGCUUGUAGUAGCCUCUUCCAGUUGUGGAGUAGCUCUUGGGGUGUGUUGCCACUGCAGUACAGAUCAUCAGUGAUUUUGGCUACGGAUCCAUCUUGAAGUAGUGGGCCUAGGACGUGGCACAUAACCUCUUAGAGGGCAGUUUCCGAACCGGGCAUACCCAUAGCGGAACAAGCGUAGACUCGUACCCCUUUAAAAGGGGUGGCAACACCGCAAUACUUCAUGGACUCUUUGGCCAAAGGAAUUUGGGAAAAGGCACUUGCAAGGUCAGUGAUGAUGAUAUGUGACCACUGGGCGAUGCGUGGCAGGGUGGAGUCAACGUCAGACAUCAAAGAUGGUUGAGGUCUACUGUACCUGCCUACGUCAGCGAAGGCAGUGACAAGACGAGAACCGCCGAUGGGCUUCUUUACAAGGAAGGAAGGGUUCAGGUAUGCUACAGUGAUGCCAACAUCUUCAGGCCGUUGGAAGAUGCCGAGCUUCUCUAGGUAUUCAAACUUCUCUUGAAUAUCUAUGAGCUUAUCGCGUGCAUAAUGGGGGAGGCAGCCUUCCUGCUGUUGGGGCUCGACGGGGCCCAUGUUGUCCUUUGCUUGGUAAGGGCAAGCAGCACCAUUGUAAGCUACGAACUGAGGGUCAGAGACGGAGUCAUACUCGCUGAGCCGAGAUUGAAACUUGGCUCCGACAGUCUCAGGUUGGAUGCUUUCUGGGUCUACCUGGACGGAUGCGGAGUGACUGGCACUGGAGGAUGGUAACGGAAGUUGAGCAGGAGAUGGAGUUGGAGGUGGCUCCUCUUUUGGCUGGAAGAUCAUCUUGAUCGUGAAUUAAUCUAGCUGCUCUUUCAUGUAUAGGAUUCAAGGAGUUGAGCAUAGCAGAACUACAAUUCCCCCACACAACUAUACCAUAUAUCACUGCUGGUAUAAUGGAUUUAAAAUAAAUUUCCUCUAAUACUUUAGGGGGUAAUUGCUUUAGCUUACAGUUCAUAGUUCGUUUCACCACAGGCGUUUUACGGAAAUUAUUCGACAUUAGAUUCUCAUAAUACAAACACUGUUAUUUCGCACGCGGUUGCGUACUCGUCAAGUUCAAAAACCGUGAGAAGGUCUAUUCAAUCAAUUGAAAGCAUUUUGAUGCACAAUUUUACAUACUUUUGUUUUCACUGGGUCAGUUUCUUGGAUGCAGAGAUAACGAAAUUAUCUUACCCAUGGUUCUAACCUUCCCAUAUUCUUUGUUUCUUUCAGAUUUUGAUUUCUUUGUGAUGGAUUGUUUCAAAAUUGCAUUUACGUCUCAGACCAUGUGGAGUGGCUGUCUUUUAUUAUUCUCUGUGAGUUCCUGGUCCUAUGUGAUUAAUGAACUGAAGGACUACGAGGGCAAAGACAGGCUGCAAUUCAACUGCAUGCCCAAACAAACUGAAUACGAAAGACAGCGUUGUUAUGGAAAUUACACUUCUGCCAUGAGCCCAUGCUUAACACCGUUGGACUUUGCUCGUCUUAGCUUUGGUUUAUCAGGGGUUGGCUGGGUGCUUUUUACUCUUAAUGCUGCCGUAAUGAUACGACGUAUCCGUAAAGCGAGAAAUACAGAGAGGCAACGAACGUUCAAGAAACAACUUAAAUGCCGGUUUAUUGUUAACAUCUGCUAUCAGUCUCUCCUUUUAGUUGUCAUGAUUGUACUGUUCUGUCUUUGCCAGAAACUUAAAUAUCCUGCGGAGUAUAGUUGCAACCAAGCGGCGGUUAACAUUACAUGCAACGACUUACGAUACAAAGAGAAAUCAAACCUCAACGGUUUUAUUGUUGGGAUCUUUUCGGGAUCCAUUUUCUUGUGUGUUGUGACAAUAAUUCAUGUAGCAGUAUCACGGGAUGAAAUAUUAGAUCUAUUUCUUGGAAAACUCGCACCAGACCUUAACAGUGAGGAGAACAGACCCUUACAAGGUGAGUUACUUCUAAGCCUAUACACAACUUUAGAGGUUUUCAUUAUGGACAUGCAAUUCAGAGAUUGUAUAUAGUACGCUAGCUGAUCAAAUGCAGCUUAAUAUUGAAAAAUAACAGGAGUCAGAUUGUUUCCGGACUGUGAGAAUGUUCCCAGAAUAGGGGUAUCAAACAAAAAAGGCCCUGCAUUUUUUUUUAUUGAACCAGUUUGACUUGUAGACUUUGUUUAUUGAAAAAAAAAAGGUACAUGUAUUAAUUUUUAUUGUUUAAUAAGCAAAAACUCGCAAAGCAAAUUAAUUUUGCCUAUUAAACAAAAAAGCUGCGCUUUUAGGCCUAUUAUUAAGCAAAACUUCCAGUGCACAACAAUGGCAACAAACUUUUUCUCCCAGCCUCCAUUAAGGGAAAUUACGUCAGUAAAGCGAAAACACCACACAACUUUAAUAUGGAGCUAGGAGUCCGACAGGAAUGCCCUCUGUCAGGUAUGCUUUCGUUUUAGGUAUUGAAAUACUAGCACUUACAAUAUAACAAAAUAAAAACUCAAAGAUCGAAGACAUCGCAGUGGGAUCCCGAGAAAUAAAUAUUACGCAGUAUGCGGAUGACACGACGGUUUGGUUUUUUAAGGAACCAAAAUCGAUGGACGUUUUGUUGGAGCUUCUGGUAAAGGUUGAAAGGUGUUGAGGGCUUAAGAGGCUGUCUCAGUAAAAACCGCACACUCAAUUUCGCGUGAAAAAAUAAUUUUGCCUGAAACUCUGGCGAGUGAAAGGCUUUAUCGAGACUACAACUAAAAUAGGUUUGCUUUGAUUCACAAUAAUUUUCUGGCCGCGCUGGGGGGCGCCGAGUAUUUUGUCCCGCCACGGCCAUUUUGCACGUCUUGAAAACUGAAAAUUUGACAUUUUUUGCGGCGCUAUAAAAUGUUUGAUUUGCAACAUCUAACAAUGAAUUUUACACCUAUUUAUAGGUAAACAUCUUUAGUUUUUCCUGAAAGUAAUAGUUAUCCGCUAAAUUUAGCUGGAAAGACGAAAUCAAGCAAAAUAUGACCCCAACUAACUGCCUUAGAGCGAAAGGCUAAAAAUGACCCUGUUUUAAAAGCUUAUUUCUGACUUUUGGGACAUAGUUGAAAGCUCUAGACUAAAUAGACGCAAAGAUAGACCACCUGUUAUUAAUAAUAUACAAAACCCCAUGUACGUUUUCAGUAUUUUAAAAGUUAUGACCGUUUGUAUUAACGCGUAUGCGAGCUAAUACGAUAGUUUCAGAUUUAGCAUAACGGAUCUAUCUCAAGCAAAUUUUGUCAAAACUACGGCUUACCUGAUUCAUUACUGGCACUGACUCACAAAUUGAGCCAUAUUCCAAUCCCUGAGAUGCCGGACUCCAUAAAAUUCCAGUAAGAUGUGCUUUAGAAACUGCUGGUAUGCGGCCAUUUUUGAAUCCCAAGCUAACAAUCCGAAGAUCAAAACAGGUGAAACUGUGUCACGUUUCGAGCUAAAUAGCUCGGUAAAACAACCGUUCAGAGGUGAAAGUUUGCUCGAGAAUCAGAAAAUUAACUGGGAAGGUCUCAAUUUGGAUCAGAAAAUUGAGAUUUCAGAGCUACAACCUCGAAUAAACCUUCUAUUCAACCGGCUCUGCAAGGUCAAAUGCAGGUUGACACGUAAACCGGAAAUGUUGAAACGCGGAAAUACGGAAAACCGGAAAUACGGAUCAUCCGGAAAUCGGCAAAUCUGAAAUGUAUCAGGAGCUGAAGGCAAUUCCAACAAUUAGAGACAGCUGCAUUCGUUUAGGGUUUCUUUUCGACGUUGAGACACGUAAAAGAUAAAACCUUCCAAACGGGCGUAGCUGUUUGAUUUUCACUGAACUGAAACGCAGUUCCACGAUCGAUUACGUUUGGCAAAUAGGCUACAAACAUUCUAUGUGCGCUAACAUAUCACACUUCUGACUAAUACUUUACAGAAGUUUGUUAUAUAUCGAAACUGAAUAUGUCUAGGUCUAGGAAACCGAGCCAGCUCGGUUGUCUGGGCUCAUUAGUAUAGAGGGUCCUUGAAAAUCGCUUGUUAAGGGGGCAUUCUCGUUGUUUUUUCGGGGAAAAUGAUAGUGAUUUGGGAAAGAAAUAAAUAAGAGUAGAAAAGGUAUGCACAUAAAGCAGUUAGUCCGCUAAUGGGAUCAGAGGCACUCGUUGUUGGAGUCUCUAGUAUUAAUUUUUCUUCUGAUUAUUCACUUCAUAUUUUAAUUUCUAACAACCCCCAAAUCCAAUAUUUUCCAUCUUUUCCAACAUUUUUAACAUCCUCCCUAAUUUUUAUACAUUAAAAAGAUUCGAAGAAUCAUCCAGAAAUUCUCAAAAAAUUAUUGAACCAAGGACUCCAUCUUAAUUGAGUCAUUUUUUUAUUCACGGAUAACUUGGACAGCGGAUAACGCGAGGAGAGCGGAGGAAAGUCAUUUGGAUUGUUUGGGUGACAUGUUCAUCAUAGCUUAGAGUGCUGUCCACCUGCAGGCCAAGGUCCCGAGCAGAAGGAGAUGGAGUGACCUUCUUUCCAAGGAGAUUGACAUGAAAAUCAGCGGGCAGCCUCUGAAGCAUCUGACGUGUGCCCAACACCAGCAGCUUGGUUUUCUCUGGGUUUAUGAGAAGGCUGUUGUAGCAGCACCAGCUUGCGAUUUUUUCUAAGUCCUUAUUGAUCUGUUGAAUCAUAUUACGUACUAGCCUCAGCAACUGGGAACGAAAGGUAUAGCUUUGAAUCAUCGACAUAUGAUUUUAGAGAACACACGUCCGGUAUAGAAGGAAUGUUGUUGAGGUAGAUAGUAAACAAGGCGGGCCCCAAGAUUUAACCAUGUGGGACUCCAUGUGAGAUACCCUGCAAGCUUGAGGUCUCAGCUUCGAUCCUGACACAUUGCAGCCGUUCAGAAAGGCAGCUCUUGAACCAAUCCAGAGAUGCACGGGAAACACCUAGCGCCUGUAGCUUUGCAAGGAGGGUUACAUGAUCUAUGCUGUCGAAUGCUUUCGACAAGUCCAGAAGUACCACAAGUGUGACUUUCUUUGCAUCCAUAGCCUCCAGUGCUUUGUCCGUGAUCAUGACGUUAAGGGUUUCACACAAAUGAAGCUUCUUGUUACCACUUUGGUGUUCGUUGAGGCGCUUUUUGGUGGUCAUAUAUGUCAUUAAUUGAUUCAGAGCAACACGCGCACAAAUCUUUGACGCAGCAGGAAGCAACGAGACUGGUCGAUUGUUGUUUGGUAUCUCAUGAUCUCCAUCUUUUAGAAGUGGGAUGACUUCAGAUAUUUUCCACGCUGCGGGAAAAACUGACGACAAUAAGGAUCGAUUCACAAUGUCCGUCAGCACAGGCAGAAUGCAAGGGAGCGCAUCUUUAAACACAGACAUGGUGACUUUAUCAAACCCCGGGGCUUUGUUAGAUCAAAAUGACAUUACGGCUCUACGAAUCUCGUGACUUGAAACAGCGCGAAAAUUAAACUUCUCCUCAUCCGGAAUAUAUUGUCCACUAGUGAAAUCAUUUGUCGGAGACAGUUCAUGAGUAGCAAUUAAGGCUUUAGAUGCCUCUGAUGCUUUAGCGCCAACAGAUACAAAAAACUCGUUUAACUCCUCUGCGACCGCCUUAACUUCCCUCGUGUACACUUGCUGCGUAGCCUCCUUUCUCGGCAGACAAUUCCUUAUCAAUUUCCACUGAGAACUAGUAUUCUGACAUCCUUCCAUCUCUUUAUUUAUGUAUUCUUGUUCCGCCUUCCGUAGCCUGAUCUUAAUCACUUGCCUGGAGUUACGGUACAGUUCCCAGUCCACAGGAAGCCCGGUGCAACGAGCGCGCUUCAAUAAUCUAUCUCUAUCUCGCAUCAGCUCUUUGAUCUCCUCAUUGACAAAUGGACAGUGGCGGUGCUUGACUUUCACUGACUUAACAGGCGCAUGGCCAUCUAGGACCUCAAGAAAUCGCUUGUUAGAUCGAUCAGCCAUAUCACUCGCGUCGUCAACAAGGACAACUUCAUUCCAUGGUACACGCUCGAGAUCAGAGACAAAACACUGGCUGUCAUAGUUCUUGUAAGAUCUGACUUUCACAUAGCUAGGAGGGGGUUUGGAGUUUUUCAGCUUUAAAAAGGCAUACACCCGAUAAUGGUCAUUGAUGUGAGAUUUCAGUACAUCACUCCUCUCCACAAGGUCGGUACUGGAGGUCAUAAUCACGUCGAUAAGGGUGGACGAAGUUUCAGUCACGCGAGUCGGCUCCUUGAUCAACUGCGUCAGACUCACGCUGUCGCACAGGUCCUUUAAAGCUACAGCUUCCGGGGAACGCGGUUUCAACAUAUCACAGUUCAGGUCAGCAGCGACGAUGAUGUUUUUCCCUAAUGUAAGCGCUUGAGAAUACUUGUCCAUAAAGUCAUCAACAAAACAGGACACCGGACAAUAAUGGGGUCGAUACGCUACACAGAGCACGAUGGAUCUUAGCUUCUUUAGCUGAAUUUGUACCCACAACUGCUGGAAUCCCGUUUCAGAAGUGACACUCAUUUCCUUAAGACAUUUUACUUUAAGUGACGAUCUGGUGUAGACGCACACACCACCCCCAACUGUCUUUGUUCUAUCCAAUCUAGUGAUUUUAUAUCCUGCUAUCUCGGUCUCUGCAUUUGUAGUUGUUGAAUUAAGCCAUGACUCAGAAAUAGCGAGGAGAUCGUAAUUCUUUUCGCGCAUAAGUUCUCUGAGCUGAAUUAAAUGAUUCUUCUCCUUUACUGAUCUUACGUUUAGAUGCGCAAUUUGGAGUUUGGACUUCAAGAAUUUCGAUGUACUAGGUUGUUCUGCAGGCCUUUGAUUUACUCAUUCGAUGAAGCGUAAAUUAUUCUCAUUUACACCUCUGGAUGAAUAAUUACGCCUAAAAGAACCUCGACUGAGGAUGGAAAUUUGGUUGUACCUCUGACGUGCAGAUAUUCCACCUCGAAUUCCACUGGUCCUUAAUAUUUUAUGAUCCUUCAGGAAAUGAUAAAGCUCCUCUGAGAUCUGAUAUUUAGAUCUUAGGCUCAAUAUUUGAGUCCUUGAAUAAUUAAAACAGCGGCGCUAGAUUUAAAUUGUGAUCGAAUCGAACUAGGUUUCCACAGUGUAACGUUGACUUUAUCAAUUCCUGGUCCAGGAUUUGCCUUGACAUCCAUGUGGAUUGUAAGGUCUGUCCAAAAGAUUCUUGCAGGAAGAACCAGAGUAACAGUUCCAUGUUUCGUAGCUUGAAAAGCCAGAAAGGUAACUUCUGAGUUCGAAUUAGCAUAAAUACGCUUCAUUGCAGCUCGAAAAUUCAUGUAGUAGAGAUGACCAAAAAUCCACCGUAAAUCGUAAAAUCCCUGCCAUUUACAUCUUCCAUGACGGCUUAAGUUGUUAUAAACUGAAUUUACGUCUUGCUUUUGAAGCAAGGCCGUCCACAAGCCAAGUAUUAGAAUAAAACUACGGAACGUUAAAAGAAAGCGUGCCACUGGUGAAAGACACAUACUGGCCAGUGUUCAUGUCUUGACAGAACUACUACACUGGCCAGUAUGUCUCGUUCACCAGUUAUGAACCAUGGCUUCUCACAUUAGUGAUAACGACUCUCGGUUUCAGAAACAAAUAUCAGUGAUCAAAACUUUCCUGUCUUGGAAUGGUUUUCCUAGAUCUGUUCCGUCUAACCUCAUUAAACGUUGUUCAUGUGUAGUGGCUCUGAGCCAAGAUCAUCCAACAAUGAUACUAGCAAGAUAAUUUGGUUUCGACUGCCUUAUGCAGGCCACAUUGGAGAGUCAAUCGUAAACAGACUAGUGGGGAAAUUAAAGCGUUGUUUUAAGGAACCUGUUUGUUUUAAAACUUUCUAUCAAACUAAGAAACUUUCAUCAUUUUGCUCGAACAAAGAUCCAAACCCUAUGUAUCUUAAAUCUCAUGUGAUUUACAAACUGACUUGUUCCGCUUGUAAUGCUGAAUACAUAGGCAAGACUGAUAGAUGUCUCAGAGUAAGAUUAGAUGAAUACAGCUCUGACCAUAACUCUGCAAUGUUCCAACACUUACACAGCUGCGAGGCAUUUAAGUUUUGUUUUCUCUGAAUAAUUUGCCUGGUUGUUUUAACAACAAAGCUGAUGUGGCUAAUUUCACUUCUCGCGUUCACCAGACUAUUUUGAAUAACGCAACAAUUAUUGCAUGCAACAAGGUACAUACCUCAACUUAACUAUGGCAUUAAAGCUGCCAAAGAGCUUGUAUUGUUUUAGCUUUAGGUUUACUUUUGAAUUUUAGCAUUUUUGUCAUACUUUCCUCCACAUUCUUGUCACAAUUAUUAGUUUGUUAAUAUUCAGUCACACCUUUCUGGCUAGCUCUCCUUUUAAGUUCAGCUCUUUUCCAUCACGUUUGAUAAUGGUCUUGAAAUAAGAACCGAAAUGUUACUUUUAUUUAUUUUGUGUAAUUUCUUGCUUAUACUUAUAUUUUAACUUAGCAAGAUGUUUUUCAGAGUUAUUUUUGUAUUUUAUUUUCUUCAUUUGUCGGCGGGUAAAGGUUUAAAAGAAAGUUAAAUGAUACAAUACAAUAACCUUCAUUUAAAGCGGUCAAUGUUCUUAGCUAAUUAGCCACUUUACAGACAUGCCACGAAAAACAUUUCACAAUGAUGGUGACCGGUUCUAUUUGAAUAAUGUUAAAGCAAUGGUGUAGAAGCUAAGAGGAUAAUCACUCAGUCUCUAAUAUUUGCCUCACUAAAAAUAUCAAUUUGUCUCUGAAUAAUAUUACUGUCUUUUCUUUCCCAGCUACAGCGAAUCGGCAACAAACUGCUGAUGCCAAUGGUAGUAAUCGUGGUGCUCCACCAGCCAGUGGAUUAUCUCCUUCAUCUAAUGGUCCUGAUGAUGAAGACGGUGAUGCAAGGGUUCCUGUCCGUGUGGAUCAAGAUGAUGGACAUACCAGGACAGGUGAAGAAAGAGAUCAUCCAGGAGAAACAGGUAAUAGCUAUGAACAUUUGUUCUUAAAAGUAGGUAACCAGAGAAAACAGCUCUCACUUGGCCAUCUGGCGACGCCACCGCUGGUUUCCCCGCAAAAUGACGUCUGAGAAACGAGCGCAGAAAUUCCAUAGUGAUGACGUGUCACUAUCCAGAUCUAGAUAGUGCUUCUGAUUGGCUGUAGCAAAUUUCCCACAUGGCUCGACCAAUCAGAAGCUCCUCUAGAAAUUGAGAAAUGCACUUUACCUUGAUGGAUAGAAUGAUUAAAAUGUUUAUUUCAAGUCGCGCACAGAGUCUGUACAUAUAUUAGGGUAAUUAGUAUAAUAUUUUUAGUUCUCAAUUACGCUGUACAGUGUACUUGGUUAGCUGGAAAGAUCAUGGGUAGAUUAAUGUUCAACUGAGUAUAUGGCUUCUUGGUUGUGAAUUAGAAUCUUGUUUUUGGUUAGUAUGUUUUGCUGAUGAGCAUUUCGCAGGUUGCAUACUCAAUUAUUGUACAAACAUGGAUUAUAAUGUAUUCAGACCUUGGUCAUGAGCGGUCUAGAGUUGAUCCAUGUCUAUAGCUUAAAGAGGCUCAUUCCACAUCAAAAAGAAAUUUUCAAGAUGUCUCUGUUUAGCGAGGUGAUCGGAUUUAGUCUUAACCAGCGUCAGGGGGACACACCCCUAAGCAAACUUCGCGUCCGGGAGGCGAGGGAAGGUCAUAUGCAGUCGAUAACAUUGUGUACUUGACAUGUAUUUGUUACAGUUGUUGGUGGUCCACCUCAAGAUCUGUCAAACAGUACAGAAACAUCUACUGGGAAUCAAAGCUAUGAAAACGUACCUGGUGAGUGGUUUUAGAUUCGUUGAUCGAGAAAUAAAACUGCCGAAUGUUAAAAAAAGAAACCGAUUACAAUUACGCCGUUGUAGCACCCCCCGAUGCCUAAUUCUUCCAGCCGUUCUUUUUAUUGUAACCGACAGCUUAAGUUGAUUCCCCAUCUUUAGUCCUUCAUUGCCAGGACGCAAAUUUUCAGUAAUGUGAAAAUGUCAGUCCAUAAAACUAAUGUAUAAGCAGAUUAGCUAAGAGAGCAAUCUUAUUACUCUUAUUACUUUCUGGCAGUAUAGUCAUUGGGGAUUUUGCAUCGAGUAUUUCGAAACUUCUUUCCCUGAAAUUGUGCACAGAGUACGUCGCAGUCUUAUCGUAUGGGAUUUCUGCGGAGUUACAAUUAUACAAACUGAACCUGUCAUUCAUUUCUGCUGAAACUUGGUACAUUGUUGUAACAAAUCAAGAAGGCAAUUGUAAAAAACGUAUAGAAAGAGGGGGAGGUCACCAUGCUCGCUUUAAGGCUCCUUCAGUGAACUCCCCCUCUUUCAAAAACCGAGUGAAGCUCAACAUAACGACAGUUUAUGUUUGUGAAGAUUGUUGUUGUAGCCUUUUUAUUGAAAUGAACCAACAAAAGAACCCUUUCUUUCAAGACCCAGUGAGCCUCCUUCAUCAAAUAAAAAUAUAUAAAUAAAUAAAUGUAAUAGUGAUUUAGAGGAAGCACAUCCACAAAGUGGUUCUUCGUCUACCUGAUCCGUGGUUGGUUUUUAAGGAGAGGGAAAAACCUGAAUACCCGGAGAAAAACCCCUCGGAGCAAAGGAGAGAACCAACAACAAAAUCAACCCACAUAUUUAGGGCUUUCAAUAAGCACCGACGGCCGACGAAACGCGUCGGCUACCUUGCUCAUUGAGGUCGGCUACUUUUUUUCUGGAAAAAAGAAGCAACUAGUCUGAAUAACGUUGUAAACAAAAAAUAUAUCACAAAAUCUGCAUGAAAACGUAAUUAUGAUGUGUUUCCAUAAAGGCCCAGUGGUUUUACGUUAUGCUUUAGUCAUGUGAACGCUAUAUUUCUAUUUCAGCCAUUUUUUCACAAGUUUCUUUAUAGGUUUACGUCGAAUUUGUUUACGUGCAAAAGUAGGUAAUUUAGUUUUCAUCAUUUGUUCAUUGCUUGAAGGACCUGAUGGUGUGACUGAUAAAUUGACAGCUACAUUUUCUCCAAUGAAAAAGACGCUCUUUCGUCCUCAAGUUCAGUCCCUAGAACGCUGAAAAUCGCAUUUUCGGGCUCUGAACUUUCAAAAUUUUCUGAGGCAGAACGCGCCAAGACCCCUCCCCGCCCCUCCCCUAAAAAAAGGGACUAACUGCCCUUUGUUGAUACAGUCGGUUACUCUAUUCAAACCUACUGCCUACUUCAAUUUUUUUUGAAACCCCUGCAUAUGGUAUCGAUGCCGAGAUUUGAACCUGGACCACAUUGGUGGGAGGCGAGUGCUCUCACCACUGCGCCAUCCCUUGCUCCCGGAAAUUACACCAAACUGAUGGCAACCCCCCAGUCAGUUCAGAUUUAUUUGCUAGUCUCUGCUAAACGUGUUACAAUAAAUAUGUCAAUUUUGAUGCAAACACAAAUAUAGAGAAUAGGAAAAGUGAUUUUUGUACACACUUUGCUCCCCCAUAGGUGAGGUAACUUGAGCUCUCGUUUUACUGAACGAAAAAGGUCGGUGUUUUCAAUGUAGCAUGAGAUUUGGCACAGAUUUCAGGACACAAGACUGUUUUUUUUGUUCACCUUAAUCUCAGAAACGAAUGUCAUUGAAUACCUUCCUGUUUCAUUUCACACUCCAAUGUAGAUAAGAUUUGGGAACUUCAUGUAUUGUUUAACCCAUGAAUUGCUUCCUCCAAAGAAUUAAAUUACGAGCUUAUCAAAUAAAGUGAGGCGAUGAUAAUUCAUUUAAAAUAUUUCGCUGUUUCCGAGUGGCUCCAAUCCCCCGGCUAAUUCUUCAUAACCGACUAGCUCUAACCAUUUUUUGAAGAUGCGAGCAAUAUACCAUCGAUUCCAUGGUAUACUUGAUUGGAACGAGGUCAAUCGAUGGUACUUUUGCCUGGAAACGAGGCUUCUUGAGCAAUAGUGAACUAAAACAAAUGGCGUUCACGACUAGCCGAAGACGAAAUAGCUGCAUUUUUACUAAAACGGAACCGUAUUACGGAGGAAAUGCAAGAAUACGCAAAACGUAUUGCUCGAUGGUUGUUAUCUACUUUUUGAGCAGUAUCUGCAAGAAAAAACAUCUGUUUUUGUUAAGUACUAAGAAAUAUUUUGUUGUAUCUUGUCACUUUUACUCAACAAUUGCUGGUUUCGGCUUUCUUAUAAUGUGACGAAUUAUGCAGAUCUCGGAGGAUGGUAUCCACCUCGGCCUUCAGCCUCGGUGUAUAACAUCCUCCUCGAUCUGCUUAAUUUUUCUCAUCAUACUCAGCUUCAUUCAAUAAUUGCUGAUAGUAAAAGUGAAAUAUAUUGGAUGUGUCCUUUGACAUCAAUUUCUUUGUAAAGCAACCUUUUGUUUUUUUUGCGUGUGAUCGUCCGUCGUCUUUUGACUGUGUCUCUUUCUUAGCAAGCUUACUGUUUCCAGGAUGCAUAAGUAAAGAAAACAACAACGUCUCUGGCGAAUCUCACAAAUCUGUUUCUUCAGAGAUGACGUUUUGAUGCAAUUAGCAUGUACAAGUCCCCGCUCGCGUUUCUGGGAUAAACUUUAAUCCUGUGUAUAAAGAAAUUGAUUUUCUUUUAUUGUGUUAUUCAAUUCUUUAGUUUCAGAAAAAGAUAAAUCUCUUCUAGACGACUUAGCUGUUAGACUUGACAAGACAGCCUAUCACGUUGUCAAACAUUGGGAACACCUGGCAAAUAUCCCUGAAAUAAACGCACCUCUUCAUGUCCGGCUCAGAUGUAGAAUAAGAACUGAGGGGAGUUGCACCCUGUUACUGUUUGACGUGUUAAGAGCAGAAUUUGCGGAAAAGUCAUUGGAAAAUAUGAUAGAUGCGCUGGAGGAAAUUAAAAGAAGAGAUGUCAAGACGAUCAUUACAGAUCAUUGCAUUAGAGUUUAUCCAAGUAUGUUUUUCUUUCCGGUUACUUUCCGCAUGUUUUAGCACGUAAAAAACAAAAAAAAUUAAAAAAAAAAAAAACCCAGCAUAUUUUUCGGGCGAGCGUCCAGCAUUUCCUGUAGUCGACAUCUUUUAUUCUGAAAAAGGGGAAGAGUCGGGGAAAAAAGAUGGUACAAUCUGCAGGGUGGGCAUUUGGCACAGCCUCCUGUGACUUGCGCGUGCGCCACAGCCAUGAGCGAUUUCUACUAUUCGCUUCCCACGCCACUAAAAAGAGAUAAAACAAAUAAAAGACGCCUACAGUAAAAGGCUAUAAAAAUGAAAAGUAAUUUAUUAAUGAGAAGAGGCGUGUGUGACCGAGCGUAUAAUUUCACAUUAAUAACAUCACUUUUUCAAUAGCUUCAAGUUUUAGACAGCGCUUGUUAUGUUGAAAAUCGUAAACAAUUAAUCCUACAUACUUCAUUUCACCCAACAGAUAUUGCUUGGAGAACAAUGAACUUCUGGGAAUUUGACAGUAAUAACAGAGAACUAGUUUAUCGGAUGGCCGAGUUGUUGGAUCAGAAGGCGGAUGUAAGUAAGAACUGGCGCAAUCUGGGUAGUAGUGACCAGUUUCGACUUUCUCAACUAAGACUGGAGGAGAUUGAACAGUCUGCUCAAAUUGGCGGUCAACCUACUCAAAUCCUGAUGGGGUACCUCUAUACUACGAUACCAGAGCUGACCGUUGGAACUUUUUAUGACAAGAUAAAGAAUUUUAAAGCGCCGACGCGGAGAGACGUUCUUAAAAAACUGGACCAGUUUAUGCAUGGUAAGUUAAUAUCUUGUCUGUGGCUUAAAUCUUGAAAUUAAGAUUUUUGGGUCAUAAAGAAUAGUCCAGACUCUCCAGAUGCAUAACACCCACUAUGGGGAUCGGGGUAAGUGACCUUCUAUGGGGAGUUAGGAGAUGACCCAUGAUAAAAAUUGAGAUUAGCCUGCGAACAAACCCCCUCGGCAAUCUCUGGGCAGAGAGAGCUUCCUCACAGGGUACACGGAGAUAAGUAAAUGAGUCUAAACUUCGGACACAUUUACGGUUACUGUACCUUUCCAUAUUUCAAAUCAUCCUAAGUACCCUCAUUGCCUAACGAAACCUGUUACCGUACCCCUAUGUUUUGCAGACCACCCAUUCCUACAUCUUCUUUCUCUGCAGGGUCAUAUACAUUCAAUCUGAAACCACUGUUCGCAGUAACGUUUUAGUGUUGGUUUAAUUUCUGAAAGUUUAAACAACUCAUUGUAAACUGCUGGUCAGAUUUUACAUUCUCUUUGAUUGCUUAUUAGCUUUUAAUUUUUCCCCAAAACAAAAGUGUGUUGAAUUUUAAAGUUUUGCUACUCUUUAGUACUAAACGUUAAAUAAACCUUUAGUUUACGAUAGAAAUGUUUUAUUAUUAAUUUUCUACCUGGAGGAAUGGAUUAAAUAGAGGAUAUUACACUGUGGCGCGAAGAUAUGAAUUUUAUUUUCGAGUGGCAAAACAAUAUUUUACGAACGAGCGCAGCGAGUGAGUAAAAUAUUGUUUUUGCCACGAGAAAAUAAAAUUCAUAUCUUCAAGCCGCCGUGUAAUGUUCUUUUUAUUAUAUAGACAAAAAGACAUUGAUAAAAUAAUAGAUUUUUAUUCGCCAAAAAGUAAUUGCGACGGCUCAAAUUUACAAUACAGCAAUAUGACAUUGGUUACAAUAAUCUUGAGAAAUAACACUGAGCUGAAUAGGGCUCUACAAUAACAAAAUAUAAGCAACGCUUUGAAAAAUGUGGAAGUGAAAUUCAAAAGACGCAAGACGCCUUCAAAUUUCGAAGGGAAAUUACCGAAAUUACGUCAUCGAUAAACUCACGUGUGAGAUUAUGGAAAAUAAACCACUCGGGUCCCGGAUGUAGUUGUUAUGAAUUUUACGAGUGGUAUAUUUUCCAGUAAAACACUCGUGCCUAUAUAAUAAACAUUGUUAACUCUGACCGUAACAUCAAGACACAUGAACUUCUCAGUUGUUCACACGUUUCUUAUUGUACCAACUGAUGAGAAUUUGAAACUCAAAACGUUCAACGAGAUAAGUAAAUGCAUCACCAAAAAAUUAAGUCUCAAUUUUUUCGGAGAUCGCUAGUUGUUUAAUAAGUUCUCUGUUGCAUAAGCCCACUCCUAGAUACAUCUAGAAUUGCGCCUCAUAUAAUUUCUGUUAAACUGGAGGUGUUUCCGCUGUUCAUUUUUUUCUUUAACUCUUUAAAAGUUAAAAUACAAUUUCUAUAUUUAAUUACGCAGAGAGUCAAAUUAGCAGAAAUGAGCCUAUGAAAAAAGCCAUCGACUUACACGGUGAUUUGAUGAGGGAAAUUUGUGUGCUUUUUAACAAACAAAUCCCGGGAGUGAAGAACUGGAGGUACCUAGCAAAGGCAUUUAAGGUUCCAGAAGAAGUGGAGAACGAAUGCGAGCCAGGAAAACCCAAGAGCCCGACUGAAACUCUGUUUCAGUGGAUCUUUGCUGAAAAAAAUCCUCCCUUAACCGUGGGGCAGCUUUGCAAAGCCCUUGAGGGAAUCGGGAGGAAUGACUUAGUUAAAGUUGUAAGGAAUUAUUUCCAGCAACAGUGAACGCGUCAACCCUGAAUGUGUAUUAAGCUGUAAUUCACACGUUUAACUGGUAAGCCGUAGUCCUACAGCUUAAUUGUUAUCUUAAAUGUUUCUGGUUGUUUGCUAGGCUACAACAGGAACAAAUACUGGUUUUACAUCUACGUAGGUUGUAGAAGGGCUAGGCUGAAUAGGUGCAGAAAGAGAAGCUGUUUUGAUUAACUUUCCCACCAAUUUCCUAUUUGUUUUUUACGUUAUACCGUUGUUGUACAUUGUUUUUAGGUCAUAAAAUAUAAAAUCGCAUACUUUUUCUUAAACUGCGGAACACUAGCUUAGUGCUAGAUACCUCUGGUCAGUAGGACAAGAUCUGUUAGAAAGAUACGUUGUAUUUGUUUCCAAAUAGUCUUAAAGCUCCUGGUCUCCCUCGCAGCCGUCUUUCGUGGCGUCACGCAAUGCUCCUCCCCUAAAAACGGCUGCAAGGAAGACAACAAAGCUCCUUCCUCCGUCUGAAAAACUACAUUUUUUUGGAAAAUGGUCUUUUUUACACAAAACAAGCUGAGAUACUCUAAGCUGCAACCGACUUACAGAAAAGUGGCAUAAGAACUGAACUUAAGAAAUUAAUAGCUUUUGGGCUCUGUAUGUCUUCGGACCGGACUUGUGGGAACAAACGCUUGCUUUGAGUGCAGUAGUAUAGAGAGCCAAAACUGCGCCAUUGUGUCGAAGGAGCGUCACCUGAGCGUUGCAUUUUAUUGCAAGAAAUGAGUUUAAAGACACCAUUUUAGUCCGGAGAAUUUCUGAAGUCUUAGGAAAAACUUCCUUUUAACCCUUUCACGGUUGCUUUAAAAUUUGCGCUCCAUAUGAAACGAUCUAUGUUCUUUUCUAAACCCGUUUAGCUUUCAGGUUAAACGUUUAAUUUAGCAAGGAUCGAUCUUUGCACAGGUUCCUUAUUUUUGAAAAUUCUGACCAAUCCUGCCAGAGUUGCACACCAAUGUGCCUUCUAGUUUAACCAGCCCCAAAAGGAGGAGCUGGUUAAAAAAUUCUUUUUGUUUCGUUGGCUCGUGGUUGCCAAAGGGUUAAAGCAACGGGAAAAAGUUAUAGUAAUAGUAUAAUUG